AUGUCGGCAACAAAUGAUGCCGAGCCCAACAAGGCGGAAACCGCCGACGCUAGCAUUCCAGAAUCACAACUGCAGCGCCUCGACCCCGACGCAAUCUUGGCCGACGAGGCCAAUCCUGACGAUGUACUUGGCCAGGAGUCUUCGAUUGAUGCUGAUGUCAAACGCCUCUCCACCAAUGGUGAUCAUGAUCAGGACGACCAAACCGCAGCUCUCAAGCGCGCCUCUGCGGCUUCUGCCAUCUUUAGCAAUGAUCAUUCGAAUCCAAACAGCAAUUCUCGUCCUCAGUCGCAAUCGAUAUCAAUAGCAGGCCAGGAAGGGUCUCGUUCCGAAGAUGUCCCAGCUGCAGCUGCUCCAUCCACAGCCAUGUCCGACAACAUUUCGACCGAAGCACUGCAAGCUCAGAUCAAAGACUUAACCAACCAGGUUACAAGCCUCAAUGAGAAGCUCGUUCGAUCUUUCAACCGUAUCGCAGACCUCGAAGAUGACUAUUCGGACGCACAGGAGCGAGUGCAGGGCAUGUCUGCCAAGAUCAAAGAACUUGAAAAGGAGCGUGCAGAGCAUCUCGAUGCACUCAACACUGGUCUCUUGGUAGAAAAGGCCCAUGUCAGCAGCGAGAUGCAAAGGAUGAUGGAUCGCGUCAUCGAGGAGACGGCGCAACGCGGCAAAGCCGAAAGCGACAAGAGCAAAAUUGAGGCUGAACUCGACGAGCUCAGCUCCAGUCUCUUCAGCGAAGCCAACAAGAUGGUGGCCGUUGAGAGGCUCUCGCGUGCCCGAGCAGAAGAGAAAAGUCGCAACAUGGAGGAGCGUCUCAAGGACACGGAAGGCAUCAUGCUCGAGCAGCAAAGGGUGCUCGCCGACCUGCAGCGUCAAGUCGAGAAGCUCCAGAGUGGUUCGUCCAUGAAGAGCAACGGCGAUGAUGGUGCCUCCAUUGCAUCGGUGGAGAGCGGCGCUGUCAGCUUCCAUCGUCUCAACACAUCGUCCUUGGCCAGGUCGAUCUCUCAGAGAUCAGCAAUGCAGGAUCGCAAGCACAGACCUACCCUCGACCUUGCCGCUGAAGCUCGCCUUAUCAUCAAUAUCGUACCAUACCAGGAAUUCCGCUCCUUCAUCGCCCAUCUACGCAGACUCCGCAAACAACUUGCUCCUUUCUACAACUAUCCGCUUCCAAACAACGGAGGACGCGAAUCGCGCACUGGCACGCCAACUCCUCGUACUGCCUCACCAGCCCUCCAGCAAUCGACCAAUGCUGCUGCAUCGAUGAAUUCACUCCCAACCGCGGCCACAGCUUACAGUCAGGGACUUGGCGGGGCUAUCGUCGCAAGCUCUCCUUUCGCCAUUGCUGGGGUCAGCCGACAUCGUGAUUAUCCCAGUCUGCCAUCCAGUGUAGAGAGUAUGGUUUCUCUGCCGAGUCAGCUUUCAUUACCGUUCAUCAAACGAUCGCAGGAGGAGGAUAUCGAGCCGUGUCUUCGACUCGACUUUGCACCCGGUCUUAACUGGCUGAGCAGACGACAAGCCAACACCGCCAUCCUAGAGGGAAACCUAGUAAUCGAGCCCAUCUUUUCUGGAAGCACGACGAUCGACGAAGACCUCAUCCGCCGAGAGAACGCUCAGCUGCCGCCUGCAGCAUGUUCCAUGUGCGGCAUUCCCAUUGUCAAUGUUCCCUUGCCAGGUGGAGUCGCUGCCACCGCCAUGUCUGCCGAACAGGGCGGCAAGACGUCUUUGGUGCCCAGCAGUAUUGCAACGGCAACCUCAAGUUGGGCCAGCUCGGCUGCUAGCUCGCUCGGCUCUAUUACUGGAUCCAGCAGUGGCAGCAAUUCGGGAACCAUUACACCCAAGCCGUCUCGAGGUGGGCUGUUCAGCUCCUUUAGAAGAUCUUCUUCCAACGUCAAAGCGACGGCAGAAGCAGACGCUGCUGCCAACAACGUCGCGUCGUUGCCUACUACAACUGAUGGCGAUGCGCAAGCGCUUCCGUCCAACGACGCAUUCGUUCUUGCCCAUUUGCCUGUUCCCACUCAUAUCUUCCGCCUCAGCGAGAGUUCGCCAACACGCUACUUGCUCUGUCCACAUCACUGCCUUUUGCGAUUGCGCGCGGCCUGCCAGUACUGGGGCUUUGUUCGCAAUCUCGAACGCUCCGUUGUGCUCGAGGGCAAAUUCAUGCUCGAGGAUCAGCAGCAAGCUUUGGCUAGCACGUCAUCGCUUUAUUCGCAGAAGGACACUACACCAGCACCAGCGGCGAAGAGCGAACAAGUCGAGACGCUGGAAGAGGCGGUCGCCGCUGCCGAGAACAAUGAGGCAGCCGAAAGCGCUAGAGCUGAAGAAGCAAAGAUGGAAGAAAAAGAAGAACAAGAAGAAGUAGCAGCAGCAGCAGCAGCAGCAGCAGAGAAGACUGGGAAUGGAGAGACGGAAGAGGAAAAGAUGGAAGUUGAAAAGCUCAAGGAGAGCGUACACGAGGAGUCAAGCGGUGACGAAGUUGCUCAGGCCACGGCAAACGAAGCGAGUGAGUCCGAGCACACAGACAAGAAGGACGAGACUGCCAACAGCGCGGACGAGAGGUCAGAAGAGGACAAGAAACCGACUGGUGACGAUGACGACUUUGCCGAUGCGCCGUCGUCUCCCAGUACCGAUGUCAAGCUAGCAGAUGCUGAGGCCGAGGAGGAAGAAGUAGCCACUGAGAUUGAAGCGAAGGAAGCUGAUGCACCGCCAAAGCUUUCGGAGACUAAAGACGUAGUAGCCACAGACGCCGCAGUGGCAACUGAAAGCAAGCAAGCUGAUGGGAGCACUGCGAGCACUGCGACCGCAGGCAUCUCUGCGCCACCGCUGCCACGACGCUCGGUCGCUCGCGGUACCGGUACCGGAACCGGGCCCGGGUCCGGGUCUGCCGCCGCCUCGGUCUCGCCCGCUCCCGUCAUUCCGCCCCGACGCCAUCAUACGCCGGGACACGCGCUUCCGCCGCGCACGCCAAGCGACGCUACAGCUGCAGCUGCGCUUCCGCCGCCUCCGAUCACCGCGCUGUAUCUGGACAAGCUGGACAGCAUGGAAUGGGAAGACAAGAUGUGGGCCGAAGUGACCAAGCUCAAAGAGGAGUUGUGGCGAGCCAGGAUCGGGUUGGUCACGCAAGACGGCGAGACGGCGUGA